AAUAAAAUCAAUGUGCACCGAUGUCUGUGUUUAGUUUAAGUGAGGAAGUGAACUGGUAGCCUCGAAAUUUCUCUUAAAAAAAGGGAAAAAUAAAUAUAGUGUGAUAAUUUUAGUUUAAGAAUAUAAGUCAAGAUGUCGCUUCUAGGCAGAAUGAAGGAGACAUAUAAUUAUGUUUUUUAUGAUCUUUGUGAUCCAAGGACCAAAGACUGGUCUCCGUCUCCUAUGGCGUUAUUUACAAUCAUUCCAUUAUAUUUAUAUUUCUGUAAUAAAUUGGGCCCACAACUAAUGAAGGAUCAAAAACCGUUCAAGUUAAAAAGGACCAUCAUGUAUUAUAACAUAUUUCAAAUAUUUGCUAGCGGCUAUAUAUUUUAUUUGGGCCUGUUCAGUGGUUGGUUCACAACAUACAGUUGGGCGUGCCAGCCUGUAGAUGAGACUGACAACCCUACAUCACGAACGAUGCACAAGGCGUUCUGGUUGUACACCAUUGUGAAGUUUAUUGACAUGCUUGACACAGUUUUCUUCGUUCUAAGAAAAAAAGACAGGCAAAUAUCUUUCCUGCAUCUCUUCCAUCAUUCCAUGAUGCCUCUUGCGUCUUAUAUUGGACUUAAAUACUACCCUAAUGGUCAUGCAACUCUGCUUGGACUUAUAAAUAGUUUUGUCCACGUGGUGAUGUACACUUACUACCUGAUCGCAGGUCUUGGUCCUAAGUACCAGAAAUAUAUCUGGUGGAAGAAGCAUCUCACUACCAUGCAGUUGGUCCAGUUCGCAACAAUCUUCGUUCACAAUUUAUCAGCUCUUUACGUAAACUGCGGGUACCCAAGAUGGGUGAACACUGUCCUAUGUUUCCACAGUCUGCAGUUCCUUUACAUGUUCGGCAAUUUCUACUACGUCACAUACGUUAAAGAAAAUAAAUCCAAUUCAAAUAAAACUGUAAAAAAUGGCACUAGUAAAGUCAAAGCUAAUUAUAUAAUAGUAAAAAUGUCGGGAAUACUAAAUAGUAUUACCGAUUAUUACAAUUAUGUGAUACACGAUUUAGCUGAUCCAAGAACAAAAGACUGGUGGGGAGUAUCCAGUCCGUUCACAGUGAUAGCCAUUGCAUCAGCAUACCUCUACUUCUGCCUAUCUUUGGGUCCUCGGCUGAUGAAGAACAGGCCAGCAUACGAACUGAAGAUUCCACUUAUGCUAUACAACAUUUUCCAAGUCCUGUUCAGUAUAUUCAUAGCUUAUGAGGGUGGUGUCUACGUUUUAUCGAGAGAAUUCAAUUUAGCCUGUGAUCCAGUUGACUUCUCAGAUAACCCUCGAGCACUCAGGGUAGCUGCAGCAACAUGGUUCUAUUUCUUCGCAAAGUUCACGGAGCUCCUAGACACAGUAUUUUUCAUCUUACGGAAGAAGUACGACCAAGUCACCUUCCUCCACGUCUACCAUCACACGUUAAUGUCCUUGGUCGUCUGGAUUGCGGUUAAAUAUUAUCCAGGUGGCCACACAACGAUGAUGGGUUUCCUGAACUCCAUGGUCCACGUAGUAAUGUACACUUACUAUCUGAUCGCCGGUCUAGGGCCGCAGUACCAGAAGUACGUGUGGUGGAAGAAGCACGUCACGAAGAUGCAACUGCUACAAUUUUCAAUAGUCUUCGUCCACAACGUCUCAGUAUUCUUCUACGAGUGUAACUUCCCAAAAUUCUUGAACCUGAUGUGCAUCGGCAACUCUUUAGCCUUCCUAUACAUGUUCGGAAAGUUCUACGUCGACAGAUACAGAAGGAAUCUUAGGAACAAAUCAUUACUAGAGACCAAAAAGGUUAAAACACCGGUAAAGAGUGAACUAAACACCUUUGGCAUACAAAGAAAAGUUGCUGAGAAGACACGGUAAUAUAAAACUAUUUGCGUAGAAUGUAAAAUCUUUAUUAUGAAUUAAUUGUAUAUUGUAUUUUGUAAAGACAGUACGUGUAAGGUAUUAUAUUUAUCUAUUAAUAUUAGGAAUGUAUUUAUGUAAUUAUAAGAUUUAUUUAAAAACGAAGAUAUUGUAUAUUGAUUUUGUACUUUAAAAAUGUACAAAAUUGUUUUGAGAUGUAAUUUUCUACAUAGAUAUGAAACGGCAGGUACUUAGAAACCAAAGAAGAAAUAAAAUAAUAUCGAAUUUUAAA